AUGGCGCAGACCGUAAGACGUGCCAUCGAGGGCAAAUACCCCUCAUGUUAUAUACCAAAUAGGAUUAUAGAGAGGAGAGCCAAAGCUAGGGCAUUAAGGUUAGAACAACAACGUAAGCCGGAUAAACCUGAAGAUUUUGUGUGUUACCCUGAUAGUGAUAGCGAGGAGGAAACGCCUGCCCAGCAACACAGAGUAUUGAGUACAUCAUACAAUUUCGUUGACUAUGUUCGAUCUAGAGAGAUACAGGCUCCAGAGCCUCGAUCCAUCGACCCAUCGUACGCAACCCGCCACAUGCUCACGCACGAUAUGUUCCGCGAAACACCGGUCAAUCUGGGCAACAUGAAUAAAGUGUUUUGUUCCCAAUGGCUGUCCGACAGACAGAUUGUGUUCGGCACUAAAUGUAACAAACUAAUGGUUUACGACGUAAGAUCUCGAUCGCUAGACGCCAUCCCAACACUCAGGCCGCGAGCGCCGUGGCCCGGCGCGGAGCACCAGACCGGCAUACACGCUUUACAGAUCAACCCCUCUAGGACACUAUUAGCGACCGGAGCCAGAAAUUCCUGUGAACUAGCCAUAUACAGUUUGCCCACGCUCGACCCGGUGUGUGUGGGCGAGGCGCAUAAAGACUGGAUCCUGGACAUGUGCUGGCUGGACGACGAGUACCUGGUGACGGGGUCGCGCGACUCCAAGCUGGCGCUGUGGCGCGCGCCGCGCGGCGCCGGCCCGCACGCGUACAUGGCGCCGCACGCGCUGCGGGACUGCAAGAACGUGAACUCUAACGUCGGCCCCUUAGGCCAGAAGGUGCGCGCGCUGACGUUCAACGCGAAGUGGCGCGAGAUCGCGGCGCUGACGCUCAACGGCUACAUCCACGUGUACAGCGCCGCCAGCUUCCGCCAGACGCACUCGCGCAAGCUGCCCUCCUGCCAGGACCUCGUCUGCCUCGCCACGCAGGAGAGCGGUAUCUACGCGAUAGGCUGCAAGUCGUACACGCUGCUGCUGGACUGCCGCACGCUGCAGUCCGUCAAGAAGAUCACGUCGCGCUACAACGGCUGCGGCAUCCGCUCCGCCAGCUUCCGCGGCGACAUGCUCACCAUCGGCACCGGCCUGGGUAUCCUCAUGUUCUAUGAUUUACGAGCGGGGAAAUAUUUGGAAAGUAACAUUCAUUCCUCGAAGACAGUCACCCUCAAAGUGUCUAAAGGCUCGGUGUUCCCCGACGAGGAGCCCGAGGCGUACAGCCAGAUGCGGUACACGCCCGCCAUCUACACGCACUGCUACGACGACAGCGGCACGCGCAUCUUCACCGCCGGCGGCCCGCUGCCCGCGCCGCUCGUCGGCAACUACGCCGGCAUCUGGCAG